UUCCCACUCACGCUAGAGCGACGGGUUACUUUCUAUUCAAGAUGUCGGCGGUGUGUGUGUAUCCCAUGUGUGUCAGGGUGAGCCGGGGCCUCCUCAGGCUGAGAGGGGAAGCCUCGGCUAUUGCAGCGGCGGGGUUAGUGAGAAGACUCUGUGCUGAACCGGGGAAAGGUAAAGAGAGCGGCGCCACAGAGGGGCUAGCUGAGGCUAUCCUCCAGAAGAGACUUCAGCAGCAGGGCAGUCAGGGUCAACCUCCUCCUCCUAUAGGGGAGGGAAGCUCUGACCAGCAGGAUGAUCAAAGCGAGGACAAGAAGCAGAAAGAGAACACGGCGUAUGCAAAGAAGGUGGUGCUUCGCUUGGCGGGGCUUAUGGGACUCGGUGGCGCAGUCGGCGUGGUCUACAUCUUCGGUAGCAACUCGGUAGAUGAGCAUGGAAAUAAGAUACCAGAUGAGUUUGAUAAUGAUGGACCCAUUAUCCAGCAGCUCAGGAGAACAUUCAAAUAUUUCAAAGAUUACAGACAGAUGAUCAUUGAACCCACAAGUCCGAAGCUUCUCCCCGACCCACUGAAGGAGCCAUAUUACCAGCCUCCAUACACCCUGGUGCUAGAGCUCACUGAUGUUCUCCUUCAUCCAGAAUGGUCGUUGGCCACAGGUUGGCGUUUUAAGAAGCGGCCAGGCAUCGACUACCUGUUCCAGCAGCUAGCGCCUCUUUAUGAGAUUGUCAUCUUCACAUCAGAAACUGGCAUGACGGCGUUCCCGCUGAUCGACAGCAUAGACCCACAGGGCUUCAUCAUGUACCGUCUCUUCCGGGAUGCUACACGCUACAUGGAGGGCCACCACGUCAAGGAUGUGUCUUGUCUGAACAGAGACACCUCUAAGGUAAUUAUAGUGGACUGCAAGCGAGAGGCCUUCAGCUUGCAGCCCUUCAACGGCAUGGCACUGCGCAAGUGGGAUGGCAACUCGGAGGACCGCACGCUCUACGACUUAGCCGCCUUUCUUAAAACAAUUGCGCUGAGUGGUGUGGAGGAUGUGCGUACUGUCCUGGAAAACUACGCCCAUGAGGAAGACCCCAUCGAGGCCUUUAAAAGGAGACAAGCACAGCUCGCACUGGAGGAGGAGCAGAGGCUGGCGGAUAUUUCUCAGCAGAAGAAGCAGGGCUUAUCUUUAGGUUCCAUUGCAGGCCGUUUCUGGUCCCGCAAGCAGCAGUGAAGGUUGUCCUCGCUGAAGGCUGGCAGUUCCGGGCCACCCUGGGCAGUGACUGGUCAGAGGGGCAAAGCCACGGUCACUGGGCAGGUGAUACCCCUGGCUGCAUGGGAGGGAGAUUAAGGGGGGGAAAACAUCCAGUUCCUUCCACCGAACGCUUGCCGCCAUGGUGUGGAAGAGGAGUCGGGAACUCCAAAAAGACUUUUAGUACCUAUGUGCUGGUGAAGGCUUUCUGGACUGAAUGCAGCCUACAGCACACCUUCCUCUGAUCUCAGUUGUUGUGUUUGUGUCUACAAAUUCGUUCCAAAGGUCUAUAUACCUGGACCAAUUUUUCUCCACUCCUUAGCUCAUUUAUUAUUUCUACUCAUGCAGGAAAAAAAACCUGUUAUCGGCCACGCCUUGUAUUGGACACAAUCAGUGCUCACUAGAAGAUUGUGUGUGUCUCGUUUCAGACCGCUAAUCCCGGGUUAGUGCUAUAUCUGCAGCACUGAUGAGGUGUGGCCACCCAAUUUACCUAAGGAGUUAUGUCCUGGAGUUGUGUACUCUUGCUGCUGUAAGGACUGCAUCUGUGUCACAGCACGCCAGAUUGUAGUUCAUAUUAAGUGAAGUCACAUCUAUUGAUGACAUUGACAGGGUGCCAUUUCUGUUUAUAACUGCAAUGGUACACUACAUUUAAUGUGCUUGUGUAAUAAAUUUCAUGUGAACUGCUUAAAUGACCUUCAAUAAACAAAAUGUGUUUGACUUUCUACAA